AUGAGCACCGACGACGGAGGAUCUCGUCGCAUCCGGUGGCUUCUCGGAUUCGGUUUCUUCGUUCAAGGAUUCAGGGGUUUCCCGUGGCUCGGAGCCAAUUUCUUCCUCACCGAUGAGCUACGUGUCAAUCCCUCAGUGUUACAGCUUCUCCAGAACUCGGCGAAUCUUCCGAUGGUCGCUAAACCCAUCUACGGUAUCUUCUCCGACGCCGUCUACUUCUUCGGCCAACAUCGCAUCCCCUACAUCGCCUUUGGAGCUUUGCUACAAGCAAUCUCAUGGCUAGCCAUAGCGUUCUUGUCAAGAUCCAACGUGUCAAUCUCAGCUUUGUCACUCUAUCUCCUCCUUAGCAAUCUCGGCGCUUCCUUAGUCGAAGUAGCAAACGAUGCGAUCGUCGCCGAGGCCGGGAAGCAAAAACAACAAUCCGGCGAGCUCGCUUCGUUCGUUUGGACGGCUUCUUCUCUCGGUGGAAUCCUGGGGAACCUUUUAGGUGGCAUUGCUAUCAAAACGUUCUCCGCUCAGUCAACGUUCCUCGUGUUCGGCGUCUUGGCUCUUGCUCAGUUCCUUGUAACCAUAUCCAUCGAAGAAAAGUCUCUGAAUCUCCCGGAGAAUCCAUCACCACCGGCCGGUAUCAGAAAACAUCUCUCUGACCUCUCGCAGGUGUUGAGGAAGCCGGAGAUCUCAUACUCCAUAGCCUGGAUCGCGUUAUCGACCGCUCUGGUUCCUGUUCUCACAGGGACGAUGUUCUUUUACCAGACGAAGUCGCUGAGAAUCGAUGCAUCGCUUGUAGGGAUCUCAAAGGUGGUUGGUCAGAUCGCGAUGCUGUUAUGGGGUGUUGCGUACACUCGCUGGUUCAAAUCUGUCCAGCCGAGGAAGCUGAUGACAUCGAUUCAGGUGACGAUUGGUGUCUUUGUGGUGUCGGAUGUCUUGUUUGUGAAGGGCGUUUACAGGGAUUUGGGAGUGGCGGAUUCUGUGUAUGUGGUUGUCUUCUCUGGAGUCUUGGAGACUCUGUUUUAUAUGAAGAAUCUGCCUUUCACCGUGUUGAUGACCAGGCUCUGUCCUCCUGGAUGUGAAGGGUCUCUCAUGGCGUUCGUGAUGUCAGCCAUUGCGCUCGCCUUUAUAGUUAGUGGAUAUCUUGGAAUCGUGCUCGCGUCGUUUGUCGGCGUGACGGUUGAUGAUUUCUCCGGUUUUAGUAGCGGACUUGCUGUAGAAGCCAUCUGCGUUGGGAUUCCGCUUCUCUUCACUUCGUGGAUAUAUGAUGAAACAGAAGCAAAGGAGAGAAUCAAAAAGAAAGAAUGA